GGGGCCAGAGCCGCGGGGGCGGGGCUGCGGUUGCGGUCCAUUUGCCCGCGGCGGCGGCGAAGCAGCAGGCGGUGGCGAGUGGGUAUCCCUGGAGCUUUCAGAUAAUGUGACAGUUGGGAUGCAGUGAUGUCGACCCUCUGCCCACCACCAUCUCCAGCUGUUGCCAAGACAGAGAUUGCUUUAAGUGGUGAAUCCCCUUUAUUGGCAGCGACCUUCGCUUACUGGGACAAUAUUCUUGGUCCCAGAGUAAGGCACAUCUGGGCUCCAAAGACAGAACAGGUACUUCUCAGCGACGGAGAAAUAACUUUUCUUGCCAACCAUACCCUCAACGGAGAAAUCCUUCGAAAUGCAGAGAGUGGGGCAAUAGACGUGAAGUUCUUUGUCUUAUCUGAGAAAGGAGUAAUUAUUGUUUCAUUAAUCUUCGACGGAAACUGGAAUGGGGAUAGGAGCACCUAUGGACUAUCGAUUAUACUUCCCCAGACAGAGCUGAGCUUCUACCUCCCACUUCACAGAGUGUGUGUGGAUAGAUUAACUCACAUUAUCCGGAAAGGAAGGAUAUGGAUGCAUAAGGAGAGGCAAGAAAAUGUCCAGAAAAUCGUCUUGGAAGGCACAGAGAGAAUGGAAGAUCAGGGUCAGAGUAUUAUUCCAAUGCUUACUGGAGAAGUCAUUCCUGUAAUGGAACUGCUUUCAUCUAUGAAAUCGCACAGUGUUCCUGAAGAAAUAGAUAUAGCUGAUACGGUUCUCAAUGAUGACGACAUUGGUGACAGUUGCCAUGAAGGCUUUCUUCUCAAUGCUAUCAGCUCACACUUGCAAACUUGUGGCUGCUCUGUUGUAGUAGGUAGCAGUGCAGAGAAAGUAAAUAAGAUAGUAAGAACAUUAUGCCUUUUUCUGACUCCAGCAGAGAGAAAAUGCUCCAGAUUGUGUGAAGCAGAAUCAUCAUUUAAAUACGAGUCAGGGCUCUUUGUACAAGGCCUACUAAAGGAUUCGACCGGAAGCUUUGUGCUUCCCUUCCGGCAAGUCAUGUACGCGCCUUACCCCAGCACACACAUCGAUGUGGACGUCAACGCCGUCAAGCAGAUGCCGCCCUGUCACGAGCACAUUUACAAUCAGCGUAGAUACAUGCGCUCAGAGCUGGCAGCGUUCUGGCGAGCCACUUCAGAAGACGACGUGGCUCAGGACACCUUCAUCUACACAGAUGAAAGCUUUACCCCCGACUUGAAUAUUUUUCAAGAUGUCUUACAUAGAGACACUCUUGUGAAAGCCUUCCUGGAUCAGGUCUUUCAUUUGAAACCCGGUCUGUCUCUCAGGAGUACUUUCCUUGCGCAAUUUCUGCUCGUCCUUCACAGAAAAGCCUUGACGCUAAUAAAAUAUAUAGAAGAUGAUACGCAGAAGGGGAAAAAGCCCUUUAAAUCGCUUCGGAACCUGAAGAUAGACCUUGAUUUAACAGCAGAGGGCGAUCUUAACAUAAUAAUGGCUCUGGCUGAGAAAAUUAAGCCAGGCCUCCACUCCUUUAUCUUUGGAAGACCUUUCUAUACCAGUGUCCAAGAACGAGAUGUUCUAAUGACGUUUUAAAUGUGUAAGCUGUUAAGAAUGUUUCGUCACAAUCAUAAUUGCUGCUAAAGUAGGUCGGUGAUGCUGGGAAAGGUGACUCCCUCGGGUCAUGCUCUAGAGCCCUACUUAGCAAUGGCAGUUAGUUACACUACAGUUGUCAAAAAAGUUUGUAAGGGAUGUCAGGGGUACAGUUAAAAUAAAUGCACCUUUUCCUGGAUGUGCUGUCUUAGGAGACAGACUUAUUAUGUUUACAAUUAUAGUAAAUAGUAUUGCUGUCUUUUAAAGAUGUAGGAUAUAAACUUGACCACAACUGCUGUUUUUUGAAACUUAACAAUUCAUGGUUUACAAGCAUCAGAGUGAUAUCUGAGUUAGCUUUCACAGGCAUAAGACUACUUGACUUUCCAUCUCUUGAUGUUCCUUGGUAUGUGGGAUUACUGUAGUACUUUUACAAUCAGCUACAAACCAGAGUAUUUAGAUUCUUUCAGCUCCACAGAAGGAAGGUAGCUUGAACAUAGAUUAAGUUUUAGAAAGAAAAUAUUGCUCAAGCAUACAUGUUAUUGAAAUCAAUUUUAAGAUCCUACUUUGCAGACGUACUCCUCGGCAUUCAGUCUGGGUAGAAACGUCAGGCACUGUGUAUAGUCCCGAUGCUGGUGAACCACAGUCAGCGUGGUUUUUUCUGUUUGUUUGUUGAGCUCUGUCACAGAAAAUACAGAGAAUUGGAUUUUAAUGUUUCCAUAGUUAUUGCCAACUUUUCCAGUUACUUUUCAUUAUUUUUGAGCCAAACUGAAAUGUGUACCUCCUGUGCCUUUUUUCUUUUCCCUUGGAAAAUGUAAUCACUUGGAAGAAGUUCAGAUUUCCCUAGUCACUCAUUUUUAUCUUGUUUUCCUCUUGUAUAGUCUUGCUCUGAUUUAAUAAUCAUUAUAACUCAGAUUAUUAAAUGGAAUAGAAAAAUACUCACUAGUAAGAUUUCUUUUCAAGAACGAGAAUAAUACCGUCUUCCUUAAAUUUCUGCCCAUGUUUUUGGAGUUGUUGCCAUGUCUCUUUGCCUUCAUCAUACGAGGACUAGCAGGAGAAACUUUACUGACCUGCUGUUUUUACUAGGUGCUACUUUGGCAGAACUAAGUGGUCAAUUUCUUUUGUUUCCUUCCUGUGUUUGGACCAUUGUGCUAGCUAUAAAAUACCCAAUUAACCUAAUUCUGUGCUAAAACAGUAUUGACAAAACAAUAUACACAAGCAUAAAAUAUAGUUUUAUUUAAAACUGUGGAAGUAACAUAAAAGGGAAAGAUAUGUAUAAGAAAGGGAGAAAAGUGAUAGAGCCCCUCCACCCUUGCCCACCGAAUUUCACCAGAACCAACAUAGGUCCUACCAACCUUUCUCAUCACUAACAGUAAAGGUGUAGAAUUUUUAGACACACACUCAAGUUUUAGACACACUGAACCUGAUGAGGGAUGCUAUGGCUCAGUCAUGAAACCGUGUACAGAUACCACCUUGUUGAACCCCGUAUUCAGUGCUGUUUACUUGCUAGAAUAUUUAAGUGCUAAUUAUUUUCUUUUGCUCAUUUAUUGUACUGUUGUUUGGGAUGCAAGUUGUACAGUGAAAUAAGUUAUUGAAGCAUGUGUGCACAUUGUUAUAUGUCUUUCCUCCUAGAUGGAGAAUUUUGAAUAAAAUGUCUGAAAUUU